AUGACCUCUCCAGACCUUCACCCCCCGGCAGAAAUACGCGCCGCCGCACUCGCAGUUGCAAACGCACUCAGUCAAUAUGAUACCUACGCUCUUGUUGGCGGCAGCGCAUGUGUGAUUCUGGGCUCUACCCGUGCAACCCUAGAUAUAGAUCUCGUCGUUCCUCGAGGCGAAACCUCAAACGCAAGACAGUUGCUGCGCGCCUCUCCUGACUUUGAGGUCGAUACAAGAACGAACCAUACGACUUACAAGGCACGAAGACCGGUGCAAAUCGAGAUUCUCACACCACCUCUCUUAUUCAAGGAGCCCUUCGAUCAAAAAACGGAGGUGAUUUCAGUCGAAGGGACAAAGGUUUUGAAGCCAGCUUUGCUUCUCAAUGCAAAAUGUGGUUCAAUUACUGGUCGAUCUACGGAGGACAAGAGGAAGACUGACUUAUUUGAUAUUAUCUUUCUCCUCAAUUUCUGCGCUCAGAACCCAGAAUACCUUCCAAGGGCUGGUGAGGUUCCAAGAGCAACAAAGCAACUCGUUGCCGUUCUUGUUAAGCUUUAUGGAGGUGAAGAUGCUUGGAUUCGAGCUGGGUAUAACUUGCAGACUGGUGGCUUCAACAAGAACUAGACCAUUCUUAUGCGUUGUAUAUUUGUAUCGUUAUGAACAAAGCGUCAGCCAGCCAUCUGUCAAUACAGGGUAUGAUGGCAUUUCUGAUUGACUUGUCCAGGGCAAGAUCCAUAGGCCAUUGUUCGAGUGAGCGGGAACUCAGCAUAGAAAGAGUCCGCUAUUUGCAGCAACAGCUAUCGUCU